GGACUGAAGCGCACGCACAGACACAUACUGCGACUUUCCACACACAAGCAACACGGCAAUGCGGCUUGCGCUGAUUGCGGUGCUGGCCCUGCUGGCAACCGCUGCCAUCGCAAACGCUGAACUGAAGGGCGAGCGAGGCGACCCUGGCGAGCCUGGUGUCCCUGGCUGGGACGGUGCACAAGGCGACGGCGGUGACGGAGGCGACGGUGGCCUCAACGGUAUCAACGGUGCAGAUGGUCGCCCCGGCGAUCGCGGUGACAAGGGUUUCGCAGGACGCGACGGCGAGAAGGGCGCACAGGGCGCUCCAGGGACCCCUGGUGAGCCUGGCGACCAAGGCCCUGCUGGGCCUCGCGGUCCUCAGGGUAACCCUGGUACAGAUGGCGCUGAUGGUGACAAGGGCUUCCGAGGCGAGUCUGGUCUCCCAGGCACGGACGGUCGCCCAGGCGAAGAUGGCCUCCCUGGCGACAAGGGCUUCCGCGGCGCAGAUGGCUUUGACGGCACGGUCGGCGUGAACGGACGCCCUGGUGACGACGGCGCAAAGGGUGCCAAGGGUGAGCAAGGCACACCAGGCUCCCGCGGCGCCACGGGCCCUGCGGGGUCUGAUGGACGCCCUGGCGAGGACGGUCUGAACGGUGCCAAGGGUCAGGCUGGUGAUGCCGGCUCCCGUGGUCCUCAAGGUGACAAGGGCCGCCGUGGUGCAGAGGGCCCUCGCGGUACCCCAGGUCGUGACGGAACCCCAGGAACUCCCGGUCGCAAGGGCCAGCGCGGGCCUGAGGGACCUGCUGGGCCCUCGGGUUUGGCUGGGCCCAAGGGUUUCCGUGGCACUGACGGCGUUGAUGGCAGUCGCGGUGACCCAGGUCCCGCAGGCGAGGACGGUCUCAACGGUACCCCUGGUACCCCAGGCUCCCCAGGCACCCGAGGUGACCCUGGUGAUGCUGGUCCUCGUGGUAGCCCCGGUCUGGACGGUACGGACGGAGCUCGCGGUGACGCCGGUACACCCGGGCCCAAGGGUCUCAAGGGUCUUCGCGGUGUGGACGCUGCUGCUCGUGGUGCCCCUGGCCCACGUGGUGACAAGGGUCAGCGUGGUGAGCCAGGUCCCCCUGGUAUCACUGGUGACAAGGGUUUCCAAGGCGAACCAGGCUUUGACGGCACGGAUGGUGCAAAGGGUCUUCGUGGGCCCCGAGGUGCUCCUGGCAACCCUGGUGUCGAUGGUACAAAUGGUGUGCCAGGGCCCCGUGGUGUGAAGGGCGAAGCUGGUGUCCCAGGUACCCCUGGCCGCGACGGAGAGCAAGGUCUCAAGGGUGUGACAGGUCCCGCUGGGCCCAAAGGUUUCCGCGGUGUCUCUGGUGCUGAUGGUGCUGAUGGUGCCCCUGGUGACGUUGGCGAGCCUGGCUUGAACGGGACCCCAGGCACCCCAGGCCGCAACGGUGAAGACGGUCUUCGUGGCCCCAAGGGUGACACUGGUGCACAGGGUCCCCAAGGUGCCUCUGGCUUGGACGGUGCUCCUGGCCCCGACGGUAUCCCCGGUAGCCCUGGCGACAAGGGUGCACUUGGUGAUACUGGUCCACGCGGUGCCCCAGGUGACCAGGGUCCAGCUGGCCCCCAGGGUCCGGCUGGUGAGCCUGGCCGUGACGGUCUGAAGGGUGAGCACGGUGACGCUGGUGCCCCUGGCGAAGACGGUGUUCAAGGCCCCGAUGGUGAUGCAGGCUUCACUGGCAGCGACGGACCCCGCGGCACUACUGGUGACGCAGGCAUUCCAGGCACGGACGGAACCCCAGGUCGCAAGGGCCAGCGUGGUUCUCAAGGCGCCCGUGGUCCACAAGGCUUCACUGGUGCGAAUGGGCCUCGAGGCUUUGAUGGUACGGACGGUGUCCCUGGUCGCAAGGGUCAACGCGGAACCUCAGGUGCCCCUGGCGUGAAGGGUGAGCGUGGCCCCGCUGGGCGCGAUGGUACGGACGGUCGCCCUGGUGAGGAUGGUUUGGAUGGUGCUGAUGGUGCCCCUGGCCCUCGUGGCUUCCCUGGGCCGAGUGGUCCAAAGGGUUUCCGCGGUACUGAUGGUACCCAAGGCGACAAGGGCUUCCGCGGUGACGCUGGUCGCGACGGUACUCCAGGUACCCCUGGUACUCCUGGCGAGGACGGCUUGUCUGGCCCUCGUGGGCCCCAAGGCCCGCGUGGUCUCAAGGGUCGCGCUGGUACCCCUGGUACAAUUGCUGAGGAUGGUAACCCAGGUAACCCGGGAACACAGGGCCCUGCCGGUCCCCAAGGUCCUGGUGGUGAUGCUGGUCCCAAGGGUCUGCAAGGUCCCCGCGGUCUUCCGGGCGAGAAAGGUCGCGUCGGUAUCCCUGGUACCCCCGGUACACCAGGUACCCCCGGUGACAAGGGCCAGCGCGGCGACGCCGGUUCCCCUGGUACUCCUGGUUCCCCUGGUGAGGAUGGCUUGGAUGGAAGCCCAGGCCCUCGCGGUAUCCCUGGUGUUGAUGGCGACGAUGGUGUGCCUGGCCCCAAGGGUCGCGCUGGUACCCCUGGUCUUGACGGAGCUCGCGGUGAUCCAGGUCCCCAGGGUCCUGCUGGUGCCGAUGCCGAGGAUGGUUUGCCCGGCCCUGGUGGCGAGAACGGUGACGCCGGUGACCGCGGCUUCAAGGGCUUCCGUGGCGACCCUGGCCCACGCGGCGCAGAUGCUGGCGAUGGUGCACGCGGCUCAGACGGCCACCACGGUCUCAAGGGCGACAAGGGCAACACUGGUCCCACUGGUGUGAAGGGUCAGCCCGGUACGGACGGUGUCGAUGGCGCUGAUGGCAGCCCAGGUGCCAAGGGCCAACCAGGCUUUGAUGGUACGGAUGGCCUCAAGGGCAUGCGCGGUUACGUUGGUGACAGCAUCCCGGGACCUAGUGGUGCCAUUGGUGACAAGGGCCAGCGCGGCGACGGCGGUGACGGCGGCAUCAAGGGUAACGUUGGUCUUCCUGGCUCUGCCGAGGCCAUCCGCGCCUUUGAGACAGACGCCGAUUGGCGCGCGUUCAAGACCGAGUACGACGCUGCGGUUGCCAGCUUUGACAACUACGACGGCUCUUGCGACGAUGUCAUGGAUGACUUUGAGACUGCCCGCCAGGACGCCCGCGAUCUCUACGACACCAUGGAGGAGUUCUUCAGCAACAUUGACCGUGCAGCGAGCGACGCGCAAACCGAUAUCCAAAACGCCCUCAACCAGUACGAGGCAGAGUGCGAAGAGCUUCGCGUCGAGACAUACGCAACAGUUCAGGAAAUGAUUUCGGCCCUGCGCAACUGGGUCAACUACUACACAGACGGCAGCGACUAA